GGCCGGGGCCGGGGUCGCGGGGGUGCCGGAGCCCCGCGCGCGCCCCUGCCGUGCCCCACGUGCGGCCGCCUCUUCCGCUUCCCCUACUACCUCUCGCGGCACAGGCUGAGCCACUCGGGGCUGCGACCGCACGCUUGCCCGCUGUGCCCCAAGGCCUUCAGGCGGCCCGCGCACCUGUCGCGCCACCUGCGGGGCCACGGGCCACAGCCCCCGCUGCGCUGCGCCGCUUGCCCGCGCACCUUUCCCGAGCCCGCGCAGCUGCGCCGCCACCUGGCACAGGAGCACGCGGGCGGCGAGGUGGAGCUGGCCACGGAGCGCGCGACUAAGGAGGAGGGCGAGGGCACCGAGCCGCCUACGGGGGGCGCAGCAGGCACGGAGGGGGAGCCGUGGGCCGAGGGCGAGCCCUCGCCGGCCGCGCCCCCCAGCGCGGAGCCUCGCAUGCCAGAGCCCGGGGCGGCGGAGGCCGGCGCGGCUGAGCUGCGCGCUGAGCUGGCGCUGGCGGCUGGGCGGCAGGAGGAGAAGCAGGUGCUGCUGCAGGCCGACUGGACGCUGCUGUGCCUGCGCUGCCGCGAGGCCUUCGCCACCAAGGGCGAGCUCAAGGCGCACCCAUGCCUGCGCCCCGAAGGCGAGCAAGAAGGCGAGGGCGGGCCACCGCCUCGCCCCAAGCGACACCAGUGCUCCAUCUGCCUCAAGGCCUUCGCCAGGCCCUGGUCGCUGUCUCGCCACCGGCUGGUCCACUCCACCGACCGCCCCUUCGUGUGCCCGGACUGCGGGCUGGCCUUCCGCCUGGCCUCCUACCUCCGCCAGCACCGCCGAGUGCAUGGCCCUCUCAGCCUGCUGGUGCCACUGCCCAAGAAGGACGACAGGGCCUCUGGCGCCCGGAACUCGGGGCGAGGGCCCGAGGGCGGCGAGGGCGCCUCGGAGGGGGGCGACGGCGGCGGUGAGAACGGGGGUGAUGCUGGUCCCGCGCGGCCCCCAGCAGGCGAACCCCGCUUUUGGUGCCCAGAGUGCGGCAAGGGCUUCCGUCGCCGCGCGCACCUACGCCAGCACGGUGUUACCCACUCGGGCGCGCGCCCCUUCCAGUGCGUGCGCUGCCAGCGCGAGUUCAAGCGCCUGGCUGACCUGGCACGCCACGCGCAGGUGCACGCGGGCGGCCCGGCCCCGCACCUCUGUCCUCGGUGCCCGAGGCGCUUCUCACGGGCCUACAGCCUGCUGCGCCACCAGCGGUGCCACCGCGCUGAGCUGGAGCUGGAGAGAGUGGCCGCGCUGCAGGCCCUGCAGGCCCAAGCCACGCAGUCGUCGGCAGAGCAGGAGGCUGAGGGGGUCCCGCUGGCCCUUGCACGCAUUAAGGAGGAGCCCCCCUCCCCGGGGACCCCACCCCAGUCUCCCGCAGCACCUCCGGUCUUCCUCAGCGCCUCCUGCUUUGACAGCCAAGACCACUCAGCCUUCAAGAUGGAGGAGGAUGAGGUGGACAGCAAAGCCCACCUGCGCGGCUUGGGGAGCCUGGCCUCCUGACCCUCAGGGCCCCUCCGCCCUCCAUGGGAGCCCCCGGUUUGCAUUGGAAGGAAAGGACCCCCUGCGCCAACACCCUCCAGCCUUGGCCCUCAGAGCAAAGGCUCCGGGCUGCCCCCACACCUUACCCUCCCCAAAUCCCUGUGCCACUCCCUCGCGUGUUCAGGAAGAAGGACUUGGAACCGGAGGCGGAGGACGCUAGGCCACAGGGAGGUGGGCGGGCGGCUCCACCCCGCCGGCUGGUCCUGCGAGACACUGAACACCAUCACCUCUUUGGAGCUGCUCCCAGGGAGUUCCUGUGGGCAAAGGUCUGUCUGUCCCUGUCCGUGAAUAAAUGUGAGCUGGUGAA